UUAAAAUUAGGUCACAUGAUCAAAACAUGGCGUCUAAGGAAGUUCCACGUCCAAAAGAAUAUGCUGAAACAGGAUUUUCAACUGUUCAGCCGACGCUCAAGCAACACUUAGAUAACGCAACUGCUGCCUUAUUGUUUAAAAAUUUUGAUGCAUGUAUUGAACAUUGUGAAAACGGGUUAAGUCAAGUUAAAUUAUGCACAGAUCGUGAGAAUUUCAGUUCCAAGGAGUUCACAGAACAGCUGUGUGUCCUCGCUGUGCAGGCCCACGCUGAGAGGAACACAUGGCAAGAAGUGCUGCCGUUUGUACAGAAGGUGUAUGGGGAUAUAGAACAUUCCCCAGCAGCUAUUGUCCAGUUAUGCUUACUGCUUUUUGCAAAACUUCAAGAUUACCCACAAUGCCAGGCCCUUGCCAAUAUCUGGCUCCGUAACCGUGACAACUAUACAGACGCAGAGUAUCCGCACAUUGUAGAUAUCUAUGUGCAGCGUGUGAUGUUUCCAUGGAAACUGCACAGUUUAGUUCCAGCUUUUCUAGACACCUGUCUCGGUUUGGAUGCUACCCAGAGGCAGCUUAUGAUGCAGGAUUAUGCUGUGGUCAUAGAGAAAGAAAUAAAGACUAGCACUAACGAAGACGAUGAUAAGUCACCUUUACCUGUAAAGAGACUACCCAUUUCAGAGUCCGAUGAAGGUGAGUCAGAGGGAGUGUGGGCCUACAUCAGACGCCUGAGUGCCCUGUUGUUCCGGAGGAUACAGCCCUACAAUCUCACGGCCAUUCUCUCUGUAGCCUUCAUCAUUCUGGCAUUCCUGUCGCUUCGAUUUAACAAGGGUCCUCUUUCCAGGAUUCAAAGUACAGUCCUAUUGCUGUGGCAACGAAUAAUAUGAGGACGUCUGUAGUGAAGCCGGUUAGCCAGAUAUGUAGUGGUAGUAUUAAAGACAGUUAUCCAGACAAAGACAGAUUUACUCAACUUCAAUUCCAAGAAAGAGUAUCCAGUUUCUUCAAAGCUCUUCAAAGCCAUGAGACAAUCAUGAAAUAUUGAGUCAUCAAGGAGAAUAGCUAACUUAUUUGAGAGGCCAAGAUGUUCAAGUGGAAAUGACAGUUGUGAAGAAGCUGUCAAGGAAUCAGUAUUUUUAGUUUUUGAUAAAAUUGUGCAAUAAAGAAUUUCCAAACACCAUCUAAUUGUAUGGCAAGCCUUUUACUGUAGCUUGAAAACCAUCUAAUGUAUGGCUAGCCUUUUACUGUAUCUUGAAAAGUAUUGUUUCCUGCUUAAUAUAUGCUUUUCAAUAAAUUAAGGUAUUAAAAUGGUC